GAGGGGUGGGGCCUUCCUCGUGACCUUUCACCUCAGCAUGGCUGCGCCCGUAGGACCAGUGAAAUUCUGGCGACCCGGUACAGAGGGACCAGGUGUGAGCAUCUCUGAAGAGAGACAGAGUCUAGCGGAAAACUCUGCGACAACCAUUGUUUACAAUCCUUACGCUGCCCUUUCUAUAGAGCAGCAGAGGCAGAAGCUGCCAGUGUUCAAGCUUAGGAAUCAUAUAUUAUACUUGGUAGAAAACUAUCAGACAGUGGUGAUUGUUGGAGAAACAGGAUGUGGGAAAAGCACGCAGAUUCCACAAUACCUUGCAGAAGCUGGCUGGACAGCCGAGGGGAGAGUUGUAGGAGUGACCCAGCCUCGAAGAGUGGCUGCUGUUACCGUUGCAGGGAGAGUGGCUGAGGAGAGGGGUGCGGUGCUGGGCCAUGAGGUGGGCUACUGCAUCCGCUUUGACGACUGCACUGACCCGCUGGCCACGAGAAUUAAGUUUCUCACUGAUGGAAUGUUGGUCAGGGAAAUGAUGGUUGACCCAUUGUUAACAAAAUAUAGCGCCAUCAUGCUGGAUGAAGCCCACGAGAGGACCUUGUACACAGACAUUGCCAUUGGCUUGCUGAAAAAGAUUCAGAAAAAGCGAGGGGAUCUUCGAUUGAUUGUGGCUUCAGCCACUCUGGAUGCAGAGAAAUUUCGGGAUUUCUUUAAUCAAAAUGAUACCAGUGACCCCACCAGGGAUACAUGUGUGAUUCUUACAGUGGAAGGGCGAACAUUUCCAGUGGAUAUCUUUUAUCUCCAAAGCCCUGUUCCAGAUUAUAUCAAAUCAACUGUAGAAACUGUGAUGAAAAUUCACCAGACGGAGGGAGAUGGAGACGUACUCGCAUUUCUUACUGGCCAGGAAGAGGUAGAAACUGUCGCAUCUAUGCUGAUCGAGCAGGCUCGAGCACUAAGUCGAACUGGGAUGAAGCGACACCUCCGAGUUCUCCCCAUGUAUGCAGGACUGCCUUCCUUUGAGCAAAUGAAAGUGUUUGAAAGGGUGUCGCGCAGUGUCAGAAAGGUGAUAGUGGCUACCAAUGUGGCAGAAACCUCCAUUACAAUCAGCGGGAUUGUGUAUGUCAUCGACUGUGGCUUCGUGAAACUCCGGGCCUACAAUCCCAGGACAGCUAUUGAGUGCUUGGUGGUGGUGCCAGUAUCGCAGGCAUCAGCCAACCAGCGCGCAGGGCGUGGAGGCCGCAGCCGCUCCGGAAAAUGUUACCGCCUUUAUACAGAGGAAGCCUUUGACAAGCUGCCUCAAUCCACCGUUCCUGAGAUGCAGCGUAGCAAUUUGGCGCCUGUCAUCCUACAGCUGAAAGCACUAGGAAUUGACAACGUCCUCAGGUUCCACUUCAUGUCGCCCCCUCCAGCCCAGUCGAUGGUGCAAGCGUUGGAGUUACUCUAUGCUCUGGGAGGUCUGGACAAAGACUGUCGCCUAACCGAACCUCUUGGCAUGAGAAUAGCAGAGUUUCCUUUGAAUCCCAUGUUUGCAAAAAUGCUGCUUGAAUCAGGAAAUUUUGGCUGUUCUCAGGAAAUUCUAAGCAUCGCAGCCAUGAUGCAGAUCCAGAAUAUCUUUGUGGUCCCCUCAAACCAGAAGUCUCAGGCAAUUCGAGUGCACCGAAAAUUUGCUGUGGAGGAGGGUGAUCAUCUCACUAUGCUCAACGUGUAUGAAGCAUUUAUCAAACACAAUAAGAAUUCUCAGUGGUGUCAGGAACAUUUCCUGAAUUACAAGGGUCUUGUCAGAGCUGCGACAGUGAGAGAACAACUGAAAAAGCUUCUUGUCAAGUUCCAAGUGCCCAAGACAUCUAGUGAAGGUGAUCCAGACCCGGUUCUGAGGUGCAUUGUUUCGGGAUUCUUUGCAAAUGCUGCGAGGUUUCAUUCUACUGGAGCUUAUAGGACUAUCCGUGACGAUCAUGAACUACACAUCCACCCUGCGUCAGUCCUCUAUGCCGAGAAGCCGCCUCGCUGGGUUAUCUACAAUGAAGUUAUACAAACCUCCAAGUAUUAUAUGAGAGAUGUGACUGCUGUUGAAUCCGCUUGGCUGUUGGAGCUGGCUCCACACUUUUAUCAACAAGGAACGAAGAAAUUAUAUCACGCUUUGGACCAUGUUCACAAGGAGUGGCGCAGGUAUUCUCUGAUGAGGACUGCCUCACAAAGGACAUAAACAGCACCUGUCCCUAAAAGCCAAAAGGGCCAAGGUCCAGGACCAGUGAGCAGAGCACGGCUGCAGCUGCGGGGACUGCGUGGUGCCCUCACCUCCACACUGCUGCCCGCCAGUGCCCAGGGGCUGAGCCGGCAUCAGCUUGUGUGGGACCUUCUGCUGCUCUGAAGGGGGCUGCAGCCCGUUCAUCAGCCCCUUCCUCCCCGCUCCCUGCAGCGUUUGCAUUUCCUGCUGGGGUCCGCAGGAGUUUGUGCACGGGUGGGCAUCCCGCUGCACUGCACCCAGGCAGAGCUGGAGUUGGCAGGGCCGUGCUCCUUGCUCACUCAGCUCCCUCCCUGACCCAGCAUGCCACUUCUAGCAGGCAGACAGUCCUGGCCCAGUUUUGUGGGAAUGAGGAGGAACAUUAGCCACUGUGGGCUGAAGUACCAUGUACGGUGGACAGAGGGUUUGCCAGGCUGGCUUUGCUUUCCCUGGUGGGCCACAGCUGUGUUGACCAAUGAGAUCUGCUGCCAGGGGUGAACACGUGUGUAUCUACCAAGGGAUGAGACCCUGGAAACACUGCAGAUUUCUGCCCAAAUCACUGAGAGUCAUGUCUAGUGGGCACAGGGGCUCCCAAACCAGAUGUCUUGUUUUCCCUCUGCCCAUGUCCCUGUUUAUCUGUGGCCAGGUGACCUGCAAGGAUUGGUGAUAGACAGAAAGGACUCAUGCACGCUGUUCUUUGUCAGCAUAGGAUUUCUCUGUCUCACAAGGGGGCUUAGCUGUCUGUCUCUGAUUCCCUGUCCUCACUCCACUCGCUGAGCACUAGUGAGAGUUCGCAGCGCACACCUGUCGGGGAUCCUCUGUGGCCGGAGCUCACAGCACUGAGAAGGCUCUACGCUUCUGUAGCUCAGGAACAUAACUUCCGUCUCUGUUUCUCAUUUGUUUGCUAGGGUUCCUGUGAGAACCCGGGGGCACCUCUGCCAGCAGGCACUGGUUUCGUUGUUGCCCCUGAGCUUCUUUGCUGUGAUGAUGUUUGCGUUUCAACACAUGACUGAUAGAGAUUUUUUUCCCCUUACUGUUUCAAUGACAUUUAUUUUAAAAACACGUAGCUUGAAAAUUUAUUUUUGUACUGAUGUUAGUUUGGAUGUGCCGCUUUUGGCACCAAACACGUAUGUCAUUUUUAUUUCCAUUUUAUAAACAUGUAAAUAAUAGUGGUAACUUGUUAAUAAUAGCAAACCUUUAUACGUAAAGUAAAUAUAUUCCCUCCCAUUGUGGUUCUUGUGGUCUGUAUUUUAAGAUGGUCCUGUUAAUUCUUCUGAGUGCAGG